AUGAAGGCUAUUGUAGAGUACAUAUUAUUAAUCAUUUUAGGUACAGAAAUCAUUACAGAGAUUUUAGGAAAUGGAUUCAUAAUACUGGUGAACAUCUUGGACUUGGACAAGAGAAGAAAGAUCUCUUCAUUGAAUAAGAUCUUCACUGCUCUGGCCAUCUCCAGACUUGCUUUUUUAUGGUCACUAUUUAUAAUUUCAUUGAUAUCUGGGCUGUACCCAUCCUUAAUGAUAACUGGAAAAGUGUCGAGAAUAACUAAUAUUUUUUGGACACUGACCAAUCACUUCAGCAUCUGGCUUGCUACAUGUCUCAGCAUCUUUUAUUUCCUCAAGAUAGCCAACUUUUCAAAUUCUAUUUUUCUUUCCCUAAAAUGGAGAGUAAGAAAAGUUGUUUCAGUGACACUACUGGUGUCUCUUCUCUUCUUGUUUACAAAUAUUAUAGUCAUAAACUCAUAUGUUGUUAUCAGGAUUGAUGGAUAUAAAGCAAAUAUGUCCUACAGUUCUAGUUCAAAUGACUAUGUACUGUUUUCUAGGUUUCCUUUACUCACUAACACUAUGUUCACAUUAAUACCCUUCACUGUGUCCCUGACAACUUUUCUCUUGCUCAUCUUCUCCCUGUGGAGACAUCUAAAGAACAUGCAGCUCAAUGUCAAAGGCUCCAGAGACACUAGUACUGCAGCCCACAUAAAGGCCCUGAAAAUGGUGGUCACCUUCCUGUUUCUAUAUACCAUUUUCUUUCUGGUACUUGUUAUACAGUCUUGGAAAAAUGUGAUUCAGCAUAAAAAUUUGUUUAACUUACUUUUGGAUGAUAUAGCAUUUGUUUUUCCCUCAGGCCACUCCUAUGUCCUAAUUCUGGGAAACACUAAGCUCAGACAGGCUUUUCUGUCCAUGAUGUGGUGGUUGAGGUGCAGGCUCAAUGCUGCAGAACCUCCAAUCUUUAGACUAUGUAGGGAGUUAUCACUAAUUUUCUAG